AGGAGAUGACCAGAGACUGCGGACACAGUACAGGAGAUGGACCAGAGACUGCAGACACAGUACAGGAGAUGACCAGAGACUGCGGACACAGUACAGGAGAUGACCAGAGAAUGCGGACACAGUACAGGAGAUGACCAGAGACUGCGGACAUAGUACAGGAGAUGACCAGAGACUGCGGACAGUACAGGAGAUGACCAGAGACUGCGGACACAGUACAGGAGAUGACCAGGGACUGCGGACAGUACAGGAGAUGACCAGAGACUGCGGACACAGUACAGGAGAUGACCAGAGACUGCGGACAGUACAGGAGAUGACCAGAGACUGCGGACACAGUACAGGAGAUGACCAGAGACUGCGGACAUAGUACAGGAGAUGACCAGAGACUGCGGACAUAGUACAGGAGAUGACCAGAGACUGCGGACACAGUACAGGAGAUGACCAGAGACUGCGGACAUAGUACAGG